GCGGCCGCGGCGGGGAGGGGGGUGGGGCGGGACAGCACAGCCUGCGGUGCUCGCGCGAGGGGCCGGGGCCCGCGCUUUGCCUUUUCUGCUCAUCUGCAGCCGUCUACGUUUUUAAAAAUUCUCUCUUUCCUUUUCCCCCCCUCCCCUCCUUGCAAUUUUGAACAUUUUGCAAGACUGAGUGUUGGAGGCAGGUGAGAAAGCAUCCUGCACUGGGUCGGAGGAGUCCGCGGCGCUGGAUGCGCCUUCCCUGGACUGUCGGCAUUGAGAACACGAAAGUUUUUUUUUCUUUUUCUUUUUUCUUUCUUUUCUUUUCUUUUUCUUUUUUUGAUAUUUGUAUGCUGAUGUAUUUACAAAGACAGAAGUGAUUUUUUUCUUCCUUGUCUGCACUGUUUUUAAAGCGAGUACUUUUGGUUGGCAAAGGACGGAGGAAAAAAGGCUCAUCAACAUUUCGGGGCGGCGAUUGGCCUUCUUUUUAAAAAGACAAUUGAGUGCAUCACGAUGGAGAAAAUGUCCCGACAGCUCCCCUUGAACCCCACCUUUAUCCCGCCUCCCUAUGGCGUGCUCAGGUCCCUGCUGGAGAACCCGCUGAAGCUCCCCCUUCAUCCUGAAGACGCAUUUAGUAAAGAAAAAGACAAAGGAAAGAAGCUGGACGAUGAGAGCAGCAGCCCGACCGUCCCCCAGUCCGCCUUCUUGGGACCCACCUUAUGGGACAAAACCCUUCCCUAUGACGGAGAUACUUUCCAGCUGGAAUACAUGGACUUGGAGGAAUUCCUGUCAGAGAAUGGCAUCCCCCCGAGUCCGUCGCAGCACGACCACAGCCCUCACCCCCCUGGCUUGCAACCAGCUUCCUCCACGGCGCCCUCGGUCAUGGAUCUCAGCAGCCGGGCCACAGCGCCCCUCCACCCGGGCAUCCCGUCUCCGAACUGUAUGCAGAGCCCCAUCAGACCAGGCCAGCUGUUGCCAGCAAACCGCAAUACACCGAGUCCCAUUGACCCUGACACCAUCCAGGUACCAGUCGGGUAUGAACCAGACCCGGCAGAUCUUGCCCUCUCCAGCAUCCCGGGGCAGGAAAUGUUUGACCCUCGCAAACGGAAGUUCUCCGAGGAAGAACUGAAGCCACAGCCCAUGAUUAAGAAAGCUCGCAAAGUCUUCAUUCCCGAUGAUUUGAAGCAGGAUGACAAGUACUGGGCGAGGCGCAGAAAGAACAAUAUGGCGGCCAAGCGCUCCCGUGAUGCCCGGCGGCUGAAGGAGAACCAGAUCGCAAUCCGGGCCUCAUUCCUGGAGAAGGAGAACUCGGCCCUCCGCCAGGAGGUGGCUGACUUAAGGAAGGAGCUGGGCAAAUGCAAGAACAUACUUGCCAAGUACGAGGCCAGGCACGGGCCCCUGUAAGAUGGCAUUUUUGUGGGCUGGCUUUUGAAUAGAUGGACAGCUUGUUUCCUGUCUGGUAGCACCACACCCAAACCAACCUUUCUGACAUCAGCACUUUACCAGAGGCAUAAACGCAACUGACUCAUAUUUUGGUGUGCAUCUGUGCAUAUGUAUGUAUGUUUGUGUGUGUGUAUAUGUGCUUAUGGUCCCAUGUGUGGUCAGCGGUGUGCAUAUGUGAGCGUGUGUAUGUGUGUAUUCCUUCACACUUGUCGUUUAAAGAUAGUCCUCUUGUUGUCUUUUAGUUCCAAACAAGAAAGGUGCCAUGUUUCUUAUUCCACCCUGGAGACUCCCAUGGGGUUUCCUCUCCUUCCUUCUCCCUUCCUGCCCCUUUCUGCCUUGCUCCAUGUUCUAGUGAUCUUACUUGGCCAGGGUCUGUGUUGCUUUAGGAAGCAGGACCCUGGAUCUCAGUCAUCAAGACCAUAAGCUCUUGUUUCUGUUUCAGCCAUGAAUUACCAUGCUGGAAAGGUGCAUAGCGUAUACCCUAGCACUGCGCUGCAGCUGAAUUCCUUCAUAGGUUGCCCCACUUCCCUUCCCCUUUUCCUCCCUACCCUUUCUCGUUUUUUUCCUUUCAGUUUUGGUGACACUUGUCUUCAAAUUUAAAGUGCUGUUUAGAUUUAGUAGAGUCCCAUAUUUACUUACUGCUACCUACUAAGUUUCCUUUUAAUUCCACCAACCCCAGAUAAGUAAGUACCAUUCCUUAUAGAACACAGAGUGUGUUUUGCACUGUCUGUACCUAAAGCAAUAAUCCUAGUGUACGCUAGAGCAUGCUGCCUGAGUAUUAACUAGUGGACGUAGGAAAAAUUUUUCCCUACCUAGGAAUUUCACUGUCUUUUUAAAAAAAACUCAAAAAUCAAGUAAUGCAUUUGUGCAUGACCAGAAUAUUCUCAGGACAGGGAAGCAGAGGGCAACGGAUGGCCUACGAAUGAGGGGUUAAUUUAUCAGUAUGUACGCCAAAAACAUAAUAAUAAUGCAUCUUGGAGAAGCCUUUGCCACGGUGUGCUUCGUCUUGCGUCUCCCCUUCCCACACCCAGCCCAUUCCCACUUUUCUAGUCCAUUCACUUUCUCCAUUUCCCUCUUGAUAUUCAAAACGAUUGACUUAAGAUUCAGUUCACCCACUUUGUUUUGUAAUAUAUAUUUUUUGUGGGGGGACGAUAAAAGCCCUCCCUUGACCUCCCCACCCCUUGUGGUGUCCUUUUGAAUGCCUCACAAAUGAAUGACUCCGGAGCCCGUGUUUCUCAUCCUCUGUUUGCUUUUGAACAUAUGUGCGCCUAUCAAGUGGACUUCUGAAAAAAAAAAUGAAUGUAAAAGACACUGGUGUAUCUCAGAAUGGGAUGGUGUUGUCACAAACUGUGGUUUCUCCGAUCAAUUUAAAUGUUUACUAUAGACCAAAAGGAGAGAUUAUUAAAUCGUUUAAUGUUUAUACAGAGUAAUUAUAGGAAGUUCUUUUUUUGUACAGUAUUUUUCAGAUAUAAAUACUGACAAUGUAUUUUGGAAGACAUAUAUUAUAUAUAGAAAAGAGAAAAAAAAGGAAAACUAUUCCGUGUUUUAAAAUUAUAUAGCAAAGAUAUAUAUUCACCAAUGCUGUUCAGAGGAGUGCUUGGGGGCUUUUGAAAUCUUUAAUAUUUUAAACCUAUUACUGACACAUCAGCAUGUUUUCUGCUUAAAAUUAAAAUUUUAUGACAAUACUGAGGCUUGCUGUGACGACUCCUGCUCCAACGCUUUCUUGUUUCUUAUUAGGUCUCAGAAGGAAGUCAGUUAACGUCACCCAAAAGCACAAAACGGGUUUUAGUCAAAUAUUUAUUGGAUGAUCCAGUGUUUUUUAGGAAAAGCAUCUGCCACAUAAAUGUUCACUUCAGGAUUCUGAGUCGUUGGAAUGGAGUGUGGCUGCCAGAGCCCCAGAUGAUUUUGUUCGCUUUCGGCCUGUGUAUCUAUCUCACGCAGUGUAAGGUUGACCUCGGUGCUAUGUGUACGGCUUAGAGUUUGAUAGCUGUUUUGACUUUAAAGAUGGCUGUUAUUUUGUUUCACUGAGUUGUAUAAUGUCAAGAGAGUCUGCUGUUUCUUCAAAGGCACAUUUUUGUGCUCGAUUAAAAUCCCCUUUCAUCCAUGGAUGUUUUCCGGUCUCCUGCCUCCACAGUACCUGACUUCUCUGCAGAUCCAGUGAUCCCCUCCUCACUCCCUCAGCCACUCUGCUGUCUAGUGUCACAGUUCUGGAAAACGAGACCUGUAGGGUUUCUUCCCAGGUUCCUGUUUCAUUCCACGGUGAGAGAUGAGAGAGUGAGAGAAUUAAAAUACAUUUUGCAAGCAAAUUACAGAUUAAAAAAAUGCUUCAACCAUGUUGUAUAGAACUGAAUAAGAGAUAAUUCAGUAAUAGCCAUGGGACAACAAAGAGUUGGUCCUUUUGAAGAUAGAAAAAGAGGGGGACUGCAGAACUGAUCAAUGACAGUGCUCGCCAGGGCAAAGAUGAAUACUUAAGGAGAGAAGUGUUCAAGGGUUGCACUGUGGCCCACCCAGACACAUGGAACCAUCCAGUAGUCGCUGAAGAAAAGCAUGCCUGGCCUUUCUUGGAAUUGUUUUUACCAAAAGAACAUCACAAAUGUUUUCUGCAGAAGAUAUAAAAAGAUCAUAAUAAAACUUAUUCUUUUGUAUACCAGGAAAGGUUUUAGGAAACCUACCUCAUUCAAAACAAAACAAAACAAAACAAAAAAACUCAAGACUUUGGAAUCUCCACAGGUGCCUUAUCUGUAGGUAAUUAUCAGUCCCCCACCCCCAGGCUGAUUUCUCUUUGCCCCUGGAUAUUAACUAGAUGAGAAAAUGCCAUCCAAUGCCCUGAGAAGCUAGAACCCAGGGUCAGAUGACUGCAGCAGACCAUAGCCAUUAGGAAGUCCCAUUGUCAACUGUCACCAUUUCAAGGUAGGCAUCUUUCCAUGGUUAAUUAUUUGAUCAUUCCAAAUGCAUCUGAAAUGUUGCAUGCCCUGCCAUUCAGAUGCAAAGCACUUCCGGGUCAGGUCAUGUCUUUUCAUUAGUCACAUGGAUUCUCAAAGAAAGUUAAAAAAAGGGAUCAGGGUUUCUCUCUGCUGAUGCUCCCCUGAGGGCAUGGGAGGGCUUUGGGUGGCAGUCUCCAACUCUAGAGGGACUGGUGCUUUGGGUCAUUCACAAACCACAUCAGGAAUGGCUGGGCCAGGCCUUUGUCUCGAAAUAGAACAGGCCUUGAAGGGACCAUCCUUUGUAGAAGAAGGAGAAGAAUGGGCCUAUGUUUGAGAAGGGCAUGAUGGGACUCAGUCACCGGGUGAGGGGGGAGCCAGAUAAAAGAACCCAGAGGUUCUUUCUAACCCAUUAGCUUACUGUGGGAAUUUACACUGAGUCUAAACAUACCUUCGAAAGGGCUACAGCUCGGGUCUGGAUGACCUGCCGUGAGUUGUAAGUGACAAUGUCUCUCCUGUCCAAGGAUGAAACGACUGAUGUUGUGUAAAAUACAAGGAAUACUUUGCUCUUUCUAAAAGUUUGUUCCGUUUUGCCCUUAGCAUUCCUUUAGAAAAACUCAAAACUUCCUCAGAGUUAAAUAGUGAGGUCCUCAGGCCACUGCCUGUGGAUCUCAGACAGCUCUGUGUGUGGCUUGUCCCCACCGGCUGGGGUUGGCUUCCUGCAGCUGACUAGGCUGAGGUGUGAUGCCCUCCCUCCCUGGGUACAUACCUUCUUCUCUGGCUCUGAUUGCACUCGGUUCCUACUGAGGGCUCCUGAGUACAACCCUCUGGGGAAGCCACAUUCAACUCCAGGUGUUCGGUAAAAAUCAGUGUCAAUAAUAAAUGAACAAAACUUGUAGGUCUUGAUGGACUGAAUUUUCAGUAACUACAGUUAAUGCACUCUUGCCAAAAUCUGUGUUGGGGAAUGUGUGUUUGUGUAUGGAUGUUUAAGUGGAGACAGAAAAUCUGUAAUUUUUUUUAGCACCUCACCAGACAUAACAAUUAGGUAUUAUCCUUUUGACAACACCACAAAGAUUGCAUCUGUCAAACAGGCUCAAGUUAACAAGAGGUUAGUGUAAUUGUAUACCAUGAUAUUGCUGGUAUUUAUGCUGUCAAGUCCAAAACUUCAUUUGUUCUUCUAAAUGUUUAAUAAACUAAUUUUUUUCCUUUU